AUGUCGGGCUGCAUGGAUGAGAUCCGAGACAGACUCCGACAAAAGAAGUUCACGCAGGAGGAAACGGACAUCCUGGUGCGGGAGGUGCAGAAUCGGCACGACAAAAUCUACGGUACCCGGAACAGGCCUCCGCGCUCCGAGGACGUGAAAAAAGCCUGGGAUGAAGUGGCUAAGACCGUCAACGCCACCUCCUCCACCGGCAUCCGGAGAACCGCCAUGCAGUGCCGCAAGCGCUUCAACGAUGUGCGACGGAGAACCAAGCAGAAGAUCACCGCGUCCCGGCGCGCCAUGAACGGAGCUGGAGGAGGAGGAAGAGGAGGAGGAGGAGGAGGAGGAGCGAGCACCAGCGAGACACUGAGCCCGGCCGAGGACACGACUUUCCCCGAGGAGAGCGCACACGGGUUCGGGGGGCUCGAGUUCGGCCUGACAGCUCCGCAGGGGGAUGCGGCUGUGCUGGCCCCUAAAUCGGAGCCGGUGUGGGAUGAGAUGGAGCGGGCGGAGGCGGAGGCGGAGAUAGAGGUGGAGGUGGAGGACUCUGUACAGCCCACAGGGCGGCGGCGACACGGCCAGCAGCGGCCCGGGGAUCUGGCGUUCCUGGACGUGCAGCAGGGAGGCUUCGACAUGCUGCAGCGGGAACUCGGGGCCCUGCGGCGCACCAUGAACACUCGGCUGCGCAGGAUGGAGAGCAGGGUUUACCCGCUGCUGGCGUCUGUGGAGGACAGUCUGCGCAGACUCGCUAACGCCGCUGAGCGCUGGGCUCCUCCCCUGAGCGACACGGGCUCUGCGUCUGCGUCUGCGCAGCCCACAAACCCGCGCCACUGCUUGCGCGUGCGCACGAGAGGGAGGAGAGGAGGGUCCAUUAAUAUUUGGUUGUGAUGUUUUUUUUUUUUCUUCUAAUUAUUGAACCCUUUUAAAAUCCUACUACGGGGUCACAUGUAUUAUUGAACUCUUUUUAUUAGCUAUUUAUUCACAUCAUACAGGGAUCAGCAAGAUGGCAAAAUUUCUGUUCCCUAUAUAUUAGGGCUGGGUAAAAAUUCUCCGAUUUGAAUCGAUCUUCAAUUUAACGAAACGGCAUCGAUUCGGGAAAUCCCCGAAUCACAUGCUUUACUGAGAGAUUGGGAAUAUUACCUGUAGUUCGCCUCUCGUCCUGAAGAUGUCGCCAUCUUCCAUGUUUUCAAUUCUUAAACGUUUCAAGUUGUUAAUGAAUUUCACUGUUGUACAUUUACAAUGUUUUUAUUUUUAUUUACAGUAAUGUGUAGUUUGUGCUUACCCUUUGUGCGUUGCAUGAACAUAUUUAUGAUUUCUUGUUACAUUUGUUACUCAAAGUAAUUAAACAUAAUUGUACGGGUCCUAUUAUUAAUGUAAAUGUGCAUUUCAGUAAUAUAGCUAACACGGAGGGUUUCAGUUACCAGCAUUUAUAUUACAACAUGGAUUCCAUGUCUGGAAAACUAACAUUGUAAAUGAAAUAUUUAUAACUAAAUCGAUAUUGAAUCAAAUGAAAACCAUAUAAAUAAGAAACUAAUCGCCAAAUCGGUGGCAAUACCCAGCCCUUCUAUAUAUAUUUAGCUACACUUUUAUUGCUAGUUUUGUAUAUUUUAAGACUCCAGUAAAUACGACUUGAGUCCUGGGGUGAAAUUUACCUCACGUCUCGCCUCAGAACCUGCAUCGUGGGUGCUCUGUAUUUUCAUGACGCCUCCUCAGUCACCAGCUGCGCCUGCUGAGGAAGCGAGAGGAGGAUGCGAGGCAGGAGGAACGAGCCGUCUUCACUAACUAACACAGCUGUGUCUCCUUUCACAGAGCUGAGCAGAACAAAGCUGCUGGUGCAGGAGCACUGCGUCAUUACGGAUCAUAUCCGAGUUUAAAGAAGCAUCCUGCGUUAAUGUUCCUUCUUCAGAAUGCUGAUCCAAACAUAACUAACCAGCCUGUAACAUCUUCCAAGAAGAGAUCAGACUCAUGACAAACAAGUGACAGAAAAGGGAAAGAAAAGAUUUUAUUUACAAAUUAAAGUGUUGCUUUACAUUUUAUACAUGUUUUUCUAUAAUUAAAGGCACUUGGGAAGAGAUUGAGCUCUUAAAAUGCUAUCACAGUAGAGAAAGUGAUUCCAGAACAGCUUCAUAAAACGUGUGUGUGUGUGUGUGUGUGUGUGUAGGGGAAAUAAUAAAAUCUGCACUGACGUUAACAGACGAGUUCUGACUGAAUGCAAUCAGAGAUAGG